AUGUGUUUGUGCGUUAUCACCCACCAGACCAAGUGCGAGACUCGCCGUCCUGUCGUUGUCAACGUCGACAGUGACUAUACUAUUUUCCACCCUUAUGAACGACCUCCACCAUGUCGCCACCAACAAAUCAUGUCUGAACAGCCGCGUUGCCCUUCCCAUGGAGCUUGCUGCACCAAUCGCAAAUGGAGAAUUUGCUGUGCUACCGGCGAGAACCCCAAAUGCGAUAGGUGGGAGAUGCUCCACAUGGUCAUUUCCGGCUAUCACGAACGAACGAUGCUCUCCGGACUAGCGAAGCAGCAACAUCUAUCAAUCAAAUCCAUGAUAUCCACAAAAGCUCCCGAUUGCUACAGAAAGCUCAGGCACAAGUUCUUCGAGACUGGAGCUGCGGUUGCACAUUGGGCUCAUGCAGCCAACAAGCUCGGAAACCUCAUAUACGAUGACUCUGUAUCCGAAGAUAGCAAAGACAUAGCUCGGGGUCGUUUCGAAAUGGUUUUUGAAGAAUGGCAGCGCCAUGUUGAAUCCUUAGAUAACCUAACGAGUCUAUGGGAUUCGAACGCCGACAUUGGCAUGAUGGAGGCUUGUGCUUCAAACAGACUCGAGUUGCACCCAUACGCCUGGUAUUAUCAGGCUGUACCUACGCUAGGUUCUGAGCAUACUCUCACGCCUACCCAGUGGCUUCAAGCCUUUAAGCAAGGUGGUGUGCAUCGACAACAAUCAGCUACUCCGGUCGAAGACCCGUCAGCAUACUGUGAUGAGGAUAUACCAUUCGCGGUGCUUCCUAUCCAGCCCAUUGAGAAUUGUUGGGCUGGGCAACCCCCGCCAGUGUUCAAGACGAUAGACUGGACGGGACCUCCUACUAGAAGGGCAAGCCUCCCCCCACAGGUUGCUGAAAAUGCCAGUGUCCCUAUUCCGGAUAACGGGAAGAAGCGAAAGCAGGCUGAGACUCCCGCGGGCGAGAAGACGACUCGAUCUCGGUCGAGGAAGAUUUAA